CUGAGCUGGAGUUGGAAUGAAGAGCAACAUUGUUUGUUGAAGACACUCAGAAUAAAUAGAAGAACGACGGCACCCUGUCCUACUCCCGCUUGCACUUUAUAAUCUAUUGAAUCGCAGUCGACCUCUCUUCACAGCAAGCGCAACUCUGUCACUUUCAUUUCUUCAAUAUGCAGGUGCCCCUCUUCCGGUUGCAGUGCGGUGUUAAUAGUUAUGAUUGGGGGAAGAUUGGCCAGGAAUCUGCUGCGGCAAGAUAUGCUGCGGCGACUCCCGCAAGCGAUCUUUCUAUUCAGAAUGAAAGGCCAUAUGCAGAGCUCUGGAUGGGCACUCAUCCUUCGCUACCUUCCAAAGAAUUUGAAACCCAAAGGACCUUGCUGGACCUGGUGCAGGACAACCAGGAGUUGAUGUCACAAGAAGUCAGUAGGCGAUAUGGAGGGCAAUUACCUUUCCUCUUCAAGGUUCUUUCUAUCCGGAAAGCUCUCUCAAUCCAAGCACACCCAAACAAAAAGCUGGCAGCGGUGCUUCACGAAAAAGAUCCGAGAAACUACCCUGAUGAUAAUCAUAAGCCGGAGAUGACGAUUGCCAUCACCCCCUUUGAGGGCCUCUGUGGCUUCCGUCCCUUGACUGAAAUUGUUCAUUUCCUUCGUGUUUUAGAACCCCUCAGAGAGCUCGUCGGGUCGGAGGCUGCUGAGGCAUUCGAAAAUGCAGUGCGUGGACAAGAACUAUCUGUAGAUCCCAGUGCCACAGAAAGGAACAGAGCUGCUCUUAAGACCGUUUUCACAAAGUUAAUGACAUCUACACCAGGUGCCAUCUCCGCUGCUGCAGAGAAACUUAUUUCGGCCGCCAAAGCCUCUCCAGCCACAUUCGCCACGUCAGAGUCCACACCCUCAACCAAUCCUUCGAACCCAGAUGAACUGGCAGUCGUAGUAACCCGCUUAAAUGAACAGUUCCCCAACGACAUUGGACUGUUCGUCUUUUUCUUCCUCAAUUUCGUCAAAUUAUCUCCAGGCGAAGCGAUGUUUCUCAAGGCAGACGAUAUCCAUGCAUACAUUUCAGGAGACAUCAUGGAGUGCAUGGCUUCAUCUGACAACGUCGUUCGAGCUGGAUUUACACCCAAGUUUAAAGAUGUCUCCACCCUAACCGACAUGCUCACCUACAACUACGCACCCAUUGAGGAGCAGAAGAUGGAACCCACCGAAUACCCCUAUAUGACCAUGAAUACAAUUGCAUACUCAAGCAAUUCGACAUCGUUACUAUAUAACCCGCCCAUCGAAGAGUUCGCCGUUGUUAAGACAGACCUGAAACGCCGCGGUGCUAAGGCGACCUUCGAAACUAUCAAUGGACCCAGCGUCCUCAUCUGCACUAGUGGCCAAGGAAAGAUAAGCGUAGGGUCAGCCAAGAUAGAGGAAGUCAAGGAGGGUUACGUCUUUUUCGUUGGGGCGAAUGCUGAGUGUGUGAUCGAGAGCACGGUAGCAGAGGGAGACGAGGUGCCCUUCACUACUUUCAAGGCUUUUUGCGAACUCGACCGUUCUGAAGAUAUUGUCAAUGGGAGGUGAAACGCAUAGUUUCUUUGUCCACAGGAUCUUCCAUUUUGUUCUUUUUUCCUUCAUAUUUAUUGUAUCUCCGCAACGUCUUUAUCCAAUAUCCCCCCCUGUUGUAUCCUGAGCUAUAUGAAAACCACCUAUAUUCUGCUAGCUAAUACAAGCUAAAAAUGAGACUAAACAUAAAUCAUCAUGUUAUAUCCUGA